CCGCCCCGCGGUCUGUGCAGCUCACAGCAGCCGGUCUGCUCCACAGGUCCGGUCUGUGUCGAAUCAGCGAACGUGGACUGAAAGCAGUUUAUGUAAAUACGGUUCAUGCGUUUCACAACCGGCGGUUUGACGGUCACAUGUGAUUAUCAGCCGUUUGGAGACCGGAGGCGUCGGUGCAUCAGCGAACACUCAAUACGUUUCCGUUAACGUUACUCGGCGGCUGAAGUGGAGCCGGUUAACCUGAGCUACCGGUUAACGUUACACCGACAGAGACCGUUUGAACCGGCGGAGUUGCCGUUACCAGCCCUGAUACCGGACGGUGUCUUCUGACUGACCCGGGGACAGGUGAGGAAGACGACUUGAGUCAAAGAUGUCGGGGCUGUGGUGCAUUGUGGGUGGACUGCGUGGAGGAAGAAGACUCCUGAGAAGCCUUCCUUACGUCCAGAAGACGUUCGUGUCCUCGCCGUCGCUGACCUCAGAGAGUGGCCACAUCAGACUGUGUGGACGUCCCGGUCGUCCUCAGCAGACUCAGCUGCGUUUCCUGUCUCAGGGUCAGAACCCGUCUGUUUCUGCAGCUAAACUGAAGCUGAGGACUCGCCUGGUGGUGACUCUGCUGUUCGGCGGCGGCGUGCUGGCCAUGUGGUGGUUCGUGUACCUGGAGAAGCAGCAGAAGUUGCGGCAGCAGCGCAUCGAGCAGCUGCAGCAGGUGGCUUUGGGUCAGGGGAACUUCAGCCUCCUGGACCACAGGGGGCAGCGCAGGACCAAGCGGGACUUCCUGGGCAGCUGGGUGCUGCUGUACUUUGGCUUCGCGCACUGCCCCGACAUCUGCCCCGAGGAGCUGGACAAGCUGAGCGCUGUGGUGUCAGCUCUGGACCAGGACGCCUCACUGCCGCCGGUCCAGCCCCUCUUCAUCACCGUGGACCCAGAGAGGGACGACGUGCCGGCACUGGCCCGAUACGUCAAAGACUUCCAUCCCCGUCUCAUCGGACUGACGGGCACGUCAGAGGAGGUGAAACAUGCGGGGCGAGACUACAGAGUGUACGCCAGCCCCGGACCCAAAGAUGAGGACGGAGACUACAUCGUGGAUCACACCAUCCUGAUCUACCUGAUCAGUCCUGACGGGCUGUUUCUGGAUUACUACAACAGGACAAAGAGCCAGGAGCAGAUCACAGAGAACGUCAGGAACCACAUGAAGACCUACAUCAAACUCUGAAACGAGUCCUGAAACCGUUCAAUGUUUCAGCUGUGGCAGCUCCUGAACCUCCACCCAGACUUCAGUUUGUGAUUCAUUUCAUUUAAAUCAAAUCAUUUCUGAUGUUUAAGCCUGACACACCACCACACCCCUAUUAAAAAUCUACAUCU